UUCGGAACCACCAUCUCUCUCUCUCUCUCUCUCUCCUAACAAAAAAUUGCCAACACUAUUUUCCGAUUUAUAGCCGUUAAGAGCCUUCUCUCUGCACAACCAACACUACACUACACAACUCAAUUUCAUUCUCUCUACACCCACCCAAAGCAUUGCAUAAACCACUCCUUCCUUCUCUCUCUCUCUCUCUCUCUCUCUCUCAACAAAAAAAUGCCACCUCCGAGCUUUCCGCCACUAGCAGAAUUGAUCAACGAAGACGCCGCCGCGGCAGAACAACCUUCGACUUGGCAUUUUGAGGACAGCCAAACAGGGCGCAAGGUGGCCCCCACCACCGCCCUUGUUUCUGGCUCUCUGAAGCGAAAGAGACCUCCCACCAUUGAGAUCCCAAACGUAGUACUGCGCGAGAUCCCUAUCAGAGACAGAGACUUGACCCCUCAGAACGACGCCGUCUCCUUUUGCGGAUCUGGAGUUGGGGUUUCCUCUGUCAAAGGAAAGAAAAAAUUCAUGGAAGACACCCACAGGAUUAGUGUUUCCUGCUCUGAUUCCAUUAAGGGUUUUUUCGGCGUUUAUGACGGGCAUGGAGGUAGAAAAGCCGCGGAAUUCGUAGCUGAGAAUUUGCAUUCCAAUAUAUUCAAAAUGGUCGAGAAUCAUUCAGGGAAUGUGGUAAAGGAAGAGGCUGUUAGGGAUGGAUAUCUGAAAACAGACCAGGAGUUCCUGAAACUGGGUUUAGGUAGUGGGGCUUGUUGUGUAACAGCCUUGAUUGAAGAGAAUGAGAUUGUAAUCUCAAACUUAGGAGAUUGUAGGGCAGUUCUUUGCAGACGUGGGGUGGCUGAAGCCCUUACAAAAGAUCAUAGAGCAGGACAGGCGGAUGAACGGAAAAGAAUAGAGAGCAAGGGUGGAUAUGUGGAGAUUCACAGAGGAGCUUGGAGAGUCCAUGGGAUACUUUCGGUCUCGAGAAGCAUAGGAGAUGCUCAUCUGAAGGACUGGGUGCUGGCUGAGCCGGAUACAAAAACUUUAAAUUUGGAUCCAGACAUGGAAUACCUUGUCUUAGCUUCUGAUGGGCUAUGGGAAGAGGUUGGGAAUCAAGAAGCUGUUGAUAUUGUGGUGCGCUCAUGUCUGCUCGAAAAGAAACUGGGAACCCUAACUGAUUUCCGAAUUGAAAAAGGUGAUGGAUUUGGCUUCUUGAGUACAAGUACUUCACCAGUAGCACAGAGAGUUGCCCAGUUAAAACCAAAGAAAAAGAUUGGUCGAAGCCCAAGCCAAAGGAAAACAGUUUCCAGAAAAGAACGUGAAAAUGGUUUUGCUUGUGAAAAUGAAAGUCCUCCAUCAAAGAUCCAACGGAUUUCUUCUCAGACGAACAUGAAGAUUGAAUCUCCAAACCAAAAACACAGCAGCUACAAGGAGAGGAGGCCAGCUUCUAGUGGACUUAUGGCUGCUUGUAAUGAGCUUGUGAACCUUGCAGUGACAAGGGGUAGUUUGGAUGACAUUACAGUCAUGAUAAUUGAUCUGAAUCAUUUCAGAUGUGGAAUUCCUGCUUGUUUUUCCUCCAGUGAGAGGCCAGAUGAUGAUUCUGCUGCUAUUAUAAGGGGAGGCCAGACUAUAGUUAUGUCAGCGUAUCAAACAAAGAUCGCAGGCCGUUUUCAUCUGAUAACUGUUACAUGGUACAAGAAUAUGUUAGUUCAUGGGUUAUCUGUCUCUGUUCAAGGAGCACAUGGCGGUGAAUACUACUGUCGGAAGAUCCAGCUCAAGCCAUGGCUUUUUUGGAGGAAAGAAGGGUUGGAGCAAUUUAAUGUGGAUGGUGAGACUAUUGGUGUUGUUUGGGACCUAAAGGCUGCAAAAUUCAAUGGUGAAACAGGGCCACAAUCGAAUUACUAUGUUGCCAUUACAUGUGAUCAAGAGGUUGUGUUGCUUCUUGGUGAUUUGAAGAAAGAUGCCUUUAGGAGGACCGGUUGUAGACCGGCUCUUGACGAUCCGAUGUUGGUUUCAAGGAAAGAGCACGUUUUUGGAAAGAGGAAAUUCUCCACAAGAGCUAAAUUUCAUGAAAAAGAAGCGUUUUGUGAGAUUUCAAUCGAGUGCUUCGGUGGGUUUGAUCCGGACAUGGAGAUUAGGAUCGAUGGGGAUUUGGUUAUUCGCGUGAAGCACCUUCAAUGGAAGUUCAGGGGAAAUGAACUGAUACAAGUUGACGAUAAAGUUCGAAUGGAGGUGUGUUGGGAUGUCCAUGACUGGUUCUUUAGUCCUGGAUUAAGGCAUGCACUUUUCAUUUUCAGGCCUUUAUCACCCUUGUCAUUGCCGUUUCUAUCGACUCUGUUGUCACCGACUCAGGCGGAGAAUAUGCAAUCCGGAGAGGAUUAUAGUGCCGAUGAACCAUCUGGUUUUUGCCUCUUUCUCUAUGCAUGGAAGGUUGAUUGAGUUAAGGCGGUGUUCGUUUCACUUGAAUGAAGCUGGAAUAGAAUGAUCAUUCCUUUGAAAUGCUCGCUUCACCGGUUAGUUUGCAGAACAAAUGAAAGAAUUUACGUUACAAAUGCAAUCACAAUGGCCAUUCCCUUGUGAAGCCAAGGAAAAGACCCUUGUUAGUACUAGCUAAGAUGAAUUGUUUUCCAAGCAUGUAUCUCAUCGACAUUGUCAUACAACUUGCAAAGUAUUGAAACAGAAUAUGGGUUGUAAUCAAUAUGAGCAUUGGUAAUUUAGAGAGAGAGAGAGAGAGCGGGGGGGGGGGGAGAUUGGAAACCGGCACAUGGGAGUGCUUGGGCCCAAAGAAAAGGUUCGGGUUAGCAACAGCCUGCUAGGUUUGGUUAAACCAGGCAUAAUUAGACAGGACAGAGUGGAUCACUCAAUUAUUCUCCAAUCUCAUAACCCCUUCCAAAGGCUUGACAGA